AAUUUUUCCUGAAAAAAAAUUGUUUCGAAGAUUUUUCUGGGAUUUCUGUGUGGAAAAAUAUCAAUUUUCCUACCGUAAUUCUGUUUGGAGCGAUUCGUUGUUGCAAAAUACCCGUGGCAUUGUCACCAAUUCUGCUGAAAGCGGCCAAAACAACGAUGCUGGAGGGAGAUUUGGGCACCAAAAUGAGCAAGGAUAGUGUUGCAUCGGAGCGUCCGCGUCCAAACACGCUGGAAUUUCUCUCGAAAUUUGUUAUUUUUGAGCCAUCAACAGCUCAAGUGAAUGGGGAGUGUGCUGAUCAUGAUCAUCAGUUGACCAAGAAGGAGGAGAAUGUGGCAAGAAGUGAUAUGCAUGAGGAUAACAUAAUCCGCGAGAGAUGCGACUGCAGCAUUUGCAUGAAGUACAGAGAAUGCAUUAUUCAGAUCUAUCUGGAAGAUCUUGAGUACAAUAUCCUCUGGGAGAGACUUCAGCUCAUCAUCCGGAAAUACUACGAUCUAAUUCCGGAAGAUUCACCCCUGGAUCGCAAGUACCGUGAACUGAUGAGCAAGAAUACCACAAAGUGGUUGAGUGAUGGGCAAUUGGACUUUAAGAAGAACAUCCAGAUAUCACUGGGUUCCAAUUUGCCCCUGACCAAUGAGAUGACAUUUAUUCUCGUGUUCAGUAUGCUCUAUUCGCGGGAUCCGCAUCAGCUCUUUGAGUUGCUGUGCAUUCAGGUGCGGUGCCUCGUAAUGGCGUAUGCAGAAGGACUCAAGGACAUCAUCAAAUACAGGGAGGAUGGGAUAACUCCGGAAUUUAAUUCCCUGGAAUUGACGCCAUACGUCCUAGAUGGCUAUGAAAAAAUCUGCAAUGCAUCAAAGGUGCUGACUCCUUUGCUGUUUGAGGAUCAAUCGGGGCACUUGCAGCAAUUCUCUCUCACGUGGCAGCAGCUCAAUAAGAGACUGUACCACAAGUUUGUCUACUCCCAGGUGCAGUACUUGAUCCCUCAGUGUCUGGCACAGUUGAGAUUGAUCUCCUACGAUGACACUCCGUCAAUUCUCAAGCGAUACUUUGACUUUAGUGAUGAACUAAUGCUCACGACUGAGAUGUGGAAGGAGUCCUGGUUGCAGCUGCAGGCCUACCACAUGACUCAGAAAGAUAUUGAGCGACGGCAGAGAAUUCUGACGGCUCACAAUUUUCUCGAAUUGAUCCGGAAUAGUCGAUCGAGUGGGGAGAGUUCGGUGCCGGCGGAAUUGAGUAGUGGGGGCUUCCUGGAUUGGCUGGAGAGUCAGGAUAAGGAUUAUGUGUGGCGGAAUACGCUGUCGCACAUCCGAACAAAGUGGACUCCGUGCACGGAUAAGCGACUGACGGCACAGAUUGAGAACAAUCAGUGUCUGCAUUGCAAUGUGGAAUUGGCUGAUCAUAAGUUGCACUGCGAAUGCCGGACGUGCCUGAUAGCAGGAGGUCCGGUUUUUUCGCAGUCUGACGAGCAGAAUCUCAAGAUUUGCGCCAAGUGUUGCUUCAAGACAUUCGAUCGGGAUUACUUGACGUAUGUGAUGAAGUUUAUACAUAAGCACGAAGAGAAGUAUUUUGUGGAGACGGACAAGGGACGUCAGUGUAUUUCCUUUGAUCUCUUCUCGAGUGAUGCUGAAACUUCUUCUGUGGCUGUGGUUAAGGCAGAAAAUCAAGUUAUCUACCAUCUGGCCUGGGCUGUUUUUAAGCAUAUUCCCGAUAGGGUGCCCUAUACCAUCAAAAAACUCGAUCUUAGGCAUCUGUGUAUGUUCCGGACAACUCCGUGCCGGCGAGUUGAAUGUCGCGUUGCGACUCAUUUAAUUGUGGCCCUGUAUCCAUUUAAACUCACCAAAUUCCUCUUGAAUUCCUACCAACCACUUUCGGAUGAACUGAGAAAGAAGUUCUUCCGGAAUCCCAAUAAUAAUUCCUCAAAUUAUCUCCAUCUUCUCUAUGAAGAUUGCAAUUUGGAUACGGGAAUUGUAGCGUCAGUUUUUGCCGAAUGUUACCUCACUGAUUUCACAUUUCCGCCCGACGAAGAGAUCUUUCCGUGCUUCCAGUUUCUGUUUAAGACAACAGGAACGGAUAUUGAAAUUGAUUUGGGAUGGUUGGAGUGUAUUCACAUAACAAAAGCCAUGAUUCUCGAAUCAAAGACGGAUUCAGAUAAAAAGAGUCUGGCUGAAGAGUGUCUGUCAGUGGCAGAUCUGAAGAUUCAAAUGGAGAAUCUCAAAUUAAGUGGACCAAGUUGUGCAGAUAGCAAAGAUGCCCUGGCGGACAUAAAGAUGGAAGUGAAGACAACAGCAGAUAAAUUGAUGAAGAGAUUUGCCGAGGGGCUCGACAAGACGGAAUUGAUGCCAGAGAAGGCAGAGAAGACUGAUGCAGUGGAAGUAGCGAAGCCAUCGAAGGAAUUUAAAACAGAAGUUCUGACUGAGGCCAUGAGAUUGGCUCACAGUAGGAAAUUGAAUAAGAAACUCGAAGCUGAAUUGAGGACGUUGAAGAAGGAGCAUAGAUCCUCUUUCAGUGCACUCAAGGAUAUGAUGAGGGAUUUGGAGCAAAUUAAGGAGAGUGAAAAUAAACUCCUAAAGGCUGAGAAGAGCAGCACAAAAUGUUGUGCUGAUCACUCGGACAUCUUGGAGAGUUGCAGAGAGAAUCACUCGAGCAAGCUCUGCCACAAAGGCGAUGGCCAGUGCACGUGCUACUACUGCACAAUAUUUGGGCAUACCGUACGUAAAACUCGUAGUAAAAAUAGGGAAUGCAAUCAUGGGAGGAAUAAUGAAACGAGGGAUAGAUUGCGAAAGAGAUUGCAUCAGAUACACAAUACGAAGGAGAUGAAACCGUUGAAGAAUUUUAAAGCAGUAGCUCCUGGGCUUUUUAAAUCGGUGGCCAAUACGGCAAAAAUGAAUACGGUAGCGAAGGAUAGUUCGAAGGAGGGUACGGGUCAGAAUUCGGGAAAUCCGGCUGUUUUGCAGGCACCGAUUAAGAGAAAACUCGCACCGCUGCCGGGAAAGGAUGCACCGCUAAUAAAACCAGCUACUGUGGGCAAUUUGAUAAGGGAGGAAAAUCAUGAAGUGAAAGUGAUGACUAAACAGCCUGUUCCAUCGUGCAACAGCAGUGCACCAUCUUCCAUUGGUCGAAGGGAUAGUAGUAGUUGUGGAACAGUUGAUGGAACAUCACCACUAAAUGAUAUUCUGCAGUUUAUCGAAGGAGCUCCAGUACCCAAAAACUGUGAUGGAAAGGAUCCGGACAAGAAGGCAGCCAAAAAGGAGAGGCAGCGACAGAAGAAGAUGGAACUGAAGAAGAUGGAAGAGCUUGAAGUGUUGAAAUUGCAAUAUCACAAAGAUUGUGCCAAGGAAGUGGAAGCUAAGGCAGAAUUGAAGGCUCUAAAGUCAGUCAAGAAGAAGGAUAAGAAAAAAAUUAAUGAGCAUGAUGCUGAACUGAAACGACUGACAAGGAUAAAGUCAAAGACAGAAUCGGCAAUUUGUGAGAUUAUCUGUGAGAUUCGGGAAAAUAAUCCGGAAUUCAAUUACAACUAUCAACCGCCUAAGGAGCCAAAAAGCAAGCCAGGAAAGCAGGCUGAUAGUCAGAAAGAUGGAAAGGGUAAAUCAGAGACAUUUCCUCAGCAAGUUCCUCCACAGCUCAUUCCGCCUCAAUUUCAUCCGCUAAAUCGAAAGUCCACGGUGAGUUCGUAUGUUACUUCGAGCCAGAAUCCAUCUCAGAUGAACUGUGAGAUCUCCCUGGAUCCGACGAAGCGUAUGGUUACCAUACGGCGAAUCAAUCUUCCGCAUGCUGAGCCCCAAGUUACAGUAACGGCCAAAGGAGCAUCUCCGGACAAGGAUCAACUUCUGUAUUCCUUCAUUAAUGGUCAAAUGGUUCCUGCUUCCUCAUUAGAUCCUACCUUGGUCAAGAGUCUUCAUCCCAGUCGGUACAACAUGGAAGAACAGUAUCAAGCAAGCUUACAGCAACACAAUCAAGCAAUGCGACAUGUCUGCAGAGAUGAAUGCUGCAUGCCUCUUCCUCCGCCACCGCCAACGCCACCUGAGUUGCGCAGUAAACCAAAGGCGACCACCAAGAAGCCAGCUGAACAGCUCAAGAACAAAUCCGCAGAUACAAAAACUGCUCAAAGCAAGAAAGUCGCAGAAAGUCAAUCCAGUACGCAAAAGGCGAACAAGAAGCUGAAGAAACCCGCAGAAAUUUCCGAGAAGGAAGUCAAACCGACCAAGGCGACCAGCAAAAAGCAGGAUGAGAAGGAAGAAAAGAAGUCCAAGGAGAGCAAUAAGUCCAAAGCAGUUGCAAAGCAACCUGCCAAGGAAGAGCCAAAACUCGAGAAGAAGAAAGAAGCCGAGAUCAGACCGAAAGAAAACAAGGAGAGCAAGAAAAAUAAGACUAAAUCUCGCAAAGAUUCCGAAGAAACUGUCCAGGAAUCCAACACUAGGCACGUUUACGAGUACAUAGAUCCAGAAUUUAAGGUCAAUAAAUUUGGCGUCUUGGACACGGAUGAUGGUUCAGAUGUUGAAUCAGCUUCGUCAGAAAUGUGUCAGUCACCGGUUCAGAAGCAACCUGAGCGAAUAGCAAAAGAGCCCAAAAGUCAACCGAAUAAGAAGCAGAAGGAAAAGUCUAAGGAAGACUUUAGCAAAGUAGAGAAGGUCGCAGAAAGGAAGAACAAUGCUAAGUCGAGAGUUCAAGAAAGUCCAGCUCCAACGAAGACAGUUCCCGAGGAACCAGUCAAUCCGCCUCUGACGAAGAAGCAAAAGAAGAAACUGGCGCAACAGGAGAAGAAUGCCAAGUUGAAAGUCGAGGCAGCAGCAUCAACUGCUAAAACGUCUGUUGAUAAGAAUGUUUCGAGGGCGGAGAAAGUUGCCAAAUCUCUCUCGAAAUCCAUGCUGAAGUUGCAUCUGAAUGCUGAUACGACUAUUGAGCUGGUCAACGACUGUCAGAGUCCCGAUAAGCAACAGACCAAUGGCAUCAGCAUAAUGGAACAACUGAAUAGGGGAAUAAAAGUAGAAGGUUUGACCCUUCCUCCUGGUAUCACGCUAACUCGGGUUGAUCCAUCCAUGGCUGAGGCUGUGAAGGCCAAAAAGGAAUCCAUCGGAAGGCUGUGCACUCCAAUUUCGACUCAACAGCAAGUGGUUGAACCUCCAAGACCUCCACCGCACAUGUUGAUGGCAAAUAGCAUGAAUGGAUCAGUUCCGUGUGGAAUUGCUCCGGACGGGACGGGAUUGAUAAUGGUUGAUCCAUUGAGUAAUAUGAGAAAACAGGCAUCAGGUCCUCCGGCCCAGGAGGAAUCCAAAAAGUCCAAGAAGAGGAAUAAGCGAAAGACAAAAGGUGGAAAGGAGGAGGCGGUGCCUUGUAACAAUCGCAGUCGGCGGGAAAGUGAUAGUCAGAAGCAUUCUUCAAAGAUUAUAACACUGCGAAAUCCCAUGUUUCAUGCAGUUACUGAUGCUAUUCGUCAGCAAGGUGGAGCUCCUAUGAGGCCCCAAUCGGGCGGGGCGAUGACUGGAGAUCCUCCGGCUGCGAUAAUUAAGAAUGAAAAUGGGAUGUUUACUAUUCGGAAUCCGGCUCUGCAUCAGGCACUGUCAAGUGGAGUUGGUACGAAUUUCCGGCAGUACAGUCCGAAUGUGUACUGUCCGACGGAUUCCCAGGAGAACUUUUCCUAUUUCUCGGACAAUUUAGCUGCAGGAGGGGGAUGCAAUGGGAACGGGGGGAAGUGCAAUUCGGCCAUUGGGAGUGAGAUGAGGAGUGUUCAGCAGAAACCAUGGCAACCACAUCAGCAUCAAGGAAUAGAGAGUGGCAGUGGUCAGGAUCGUGGAGAGGGUGGUUUCAAUCAUAUCCACACGCAUUUCAAUCCUCAAUCCUCCACCAGAUCCUACUCUCCCUUUGACAAUCAACAAAGUUAUGGGUUCAAUGGGGAUUUCCUGGGCACUUCGUCGCAAGUGACUCAGGCUCAUCCUCAUGAGUACUUCAGCAGUGGCGUUCAGAUGAAUGGAAAUUCUUCCGGAGGAUACAGUGUCUUCUCUUCGGGCAGUGAAUGCAGUGGUGGCCAUCAGCCAAUCAUCAACACUCAGAGUCGCUUUUCAAGUGACACAGAUGAGGCAGAACUGAGCGCAAAACUCAGCGAAUUGUCUUUUCUGCAGAAUCUUCAGCCUGGUCAGAGGCUCAAUAGCGAGGUGACCAUCCACAAUAUCAGUGAAUCGAAGUUUCUGCGGAAUCAAUCAGCGGCAGCUGCAAAUGCUGGAUCCAACAAAGUCGAAAUCACCAGAAUUCCCAGUUCGACAGCAAAUACUUGUGAUAAUCUCAAUUUGGCCGUGGGGAGUCAUCGGUCGGGGAAAACCAGGGCUAGCAAUGGAUGUUCAAGCAACAGCAAUGGCAGUGAAAUUUUACCAGAAUUUGGAGACAGUAUUUUUGCUCCAAAUCAGAAAGUGAACUUGAAUGAGCUGGAGUCAGAGGAGAGGGAUAUUGAAACAUUCAAGAGGUUCAACUACUACUUCGAGCCACCGAAGAAUAAGCCUAAAGUCAAUCUCAAUCUCAAAGAUAUUGUGCUGAAUAAGAAAAAGUCUUCUCCCGAGAGUCCUUCCAUGUUCUUCGGAGGUCUCGAUGGGAAUUCCAUUACGAGCACGCCGAGUCUCGAUGAGAUGAUGUACCAACAGCAGGAGUACAGUGCGUGCCAGUCGUCGGACAUUCUGCUGGAUGAUGCUGGUAUCCACGAAGGAUGCAAUGGCCGGGCGGGAGAUGGUGAUAAUUUAGGAGUGAUUGGAAGUGGCCUCAAAGCUGCAAUCCAUGGAAAUAUGGCGUGAAGUUUUUAUGAUUGAAUUGCCAAUUCUGGUAUGUAAUUGUUUUAUAUUUUUCAUCUUUCUUUAAGCUCGAAUAUGACAAGAAAAUUUUUUUAAAAAAAUUGUCUUUGACGAUUUGAUAACUUUGUUGUUUUAGAAAAAAAAAGAAAAAGAGUGUUUUAUUUGAUAAAGAGAACAGAUUAGUUUGCAAUUGAAUUGAAAAAGAAUGAAGAAAAAAAAUAACAAAAGAGAUGAAAAGAAUUUUCAAUUUACUGCCAUAGAAAAAAAAUUGAACAGUUUUUGAUUUUUAAAAGGAGAAAAAAAUUGAAAAGAAUGCUUUAAUGAUUGAAGGGAAGAAAUUGAGAUAAAAUAAGAAGGAAUGUCAGUAUUUAAGAAUACAAAUAAAAAAAGGAGAUUUUAAAAAAUAUCCUACCGCAGAAA